AUGUCGAUGGGGCUGGAGAUCGGCGGUGUGGCCUUGUCUGUGCUGGGCUGGUUGUGCAGCAUCAUCUGCUGCGCGUUGCCCAUGUGGAAGGUGUCGGCCUUCAUCGGCAACAACAUCGUGACAGCCCAGAUCCUCUGGGAAGGGCUGUGGAUGAGCUGCGUGGUGCAGAGCACGGGCCAGAUGCAGUGCAAGGUCUACGACUCCAUGCUGGCGCUCCCGCAGGACCUGCAAGCCGCCCGCGCCCUGCUGGUGGUGGCCAUCAUCUUGGCCGUCCUGGGCUUAAUGGUGGCCAUCGUGGGCGCCCAGUGCACCCGCUGCGUGGAGGACGAGAGCACCAAAGCCAAGAUCACCAUCGUCUCCGGCGUCAUCUUCCUCCUCUCCGGUGUCAUGACCCUCAUCCCUGUCUGCUGGUCGGCCAACACCAUCAUCCGGGAUUUCUACAACCCGCUGGUGAUCGAAGCGCAGAAGCGGGAGCUGGGCACCUCGCUCUACGUAGGCUGGGCGGCCUCUGCGCUGCUGCUGCUUGGGGGGGGGCUACUCUGCUGCUCCUGCCCCCCCAAAGACGACAGGUACCCCACGGGCAAGGUGGCCUACUCCGCCCCACGCUCCGCUGUCACUAGCUACGACAAGAGGAACUAUGUCUGA